CAAAGAAACAACAUCUCAACCUUAGGCUGGGAGACUCUGUAAACCAAGCUUCUUUUCAUAUUGCCUAACCUUUCAAAGCAAUGGUUCCGUAACAAAAAGUAGACCCGUGAGUCAGAGCUUGGUAAGGUUCCGGCUUUGUAAUUCUGAUAGUAUCAGGAUACACCCUUUUUUUAACAGACAUCACAUGUUACCGCCUGAUUGAGACAAAUUCAGAUCAUAAGCUACUUGUAUAUAUAGUAACCUCAAGGUCGCUUGGUACGGUUCUGAUCUCUUCGAGAAUCUCAAUACAAGUAUCGCAUUGCCUUGCUGCUCUUUGCCUCGGUUCCCAAAUCAUUAAGCAAUGAAGCUGAUUGUGACCGGUGCAAGCGGCUACGUCGGCAGCGAAAUUAUUCGCCAAAGCUUAAAGCUAUCUCAAGUUACCAGUGUCAUUGCUGUCUCGCGAAAGUUGGUAUCUCCCCCAGCUGGUACUAUCCCGGCGCGUUUCGAGUCUGUCGUUGUUCAAGACUACGGAAGUUAUCCUGAUCACGUUCGAGAUGCAUUCCAUGGUGCCGAUGCAUGCAUUUGGACUGUUGGUAUAACGCCUAUGAUUUAUGGGUCACUGGAUCCUGCACAAGCACACAAGGUUUGCAUUGAUGAUACAGUGACCGGCCUUCAAAGCAUGGUCAAUUCCUCACCGACAAAGCCAUUUCGCUUUCUGUACAUGAGUGGCGCCGAUGCGGAGACGGAUCAGACCAAGACUCCGACAGUCAUGCCUGAAUAUUUCCUCAUGCGGGGUGAAGUUGAGAAUCAAAUCAUGAGCUUUGUAAAGCAGCACCCCGGCGAGGUCGUAGCAUGUGUAGCGAGACCUGGUUUUAUAAUUGACGAUUCUACGGACGUGCAGGCCUUGAAGUCUCGAAUGCAUAAGGAUGUUCCAAUGAUCAGGGUUGAGUCUGUUGCGGCUGCACUUUUACAGCAAGCCCUCAAUGGAUUCGACAAGGAGAUUCUCUGGACUGAUGACAUGAGGUCAUUUGACGAGACUGGUUAAUUAGGAAAGACUACGAGCAUUCACAGUCAAUGAAUCAGCAGGCUUUAUGCUAUAGAUUGUCUAUUACUCUUAUUGUUACAGGUGUAGAGCAACAGCGAUAUGGUAUGUCGCCUGAAGUCAGUG